AUGAAGGUCCCUGAAGGUUAUUCUUCAAAUAUAAAAAAUCUUGUAUCUUUACAAGAUUCAAGACUUCUUGGCCUUAAAUCACAUGAUUGUCAUACCUUAAUGCAACAAUUGCUCCCUUUGUGUUUGCUUGAGAAGUACUUUCCCCCUUCAUUCUUUGAUAUCAUGGUUCAUCUAGUAGUACAUCUUGUCAAAGAAGUUCGUCUACGUGGGCCAGUAUAUUUUAGAUGGAUGUAUCCGUUUGAAAGAUAUAUGAAAGUUCUAAAGGGGUAUGUUCAGAAUCGUACUCAUCCCGAAGGUUGCAUUGCUGAGCGGUAUAUAGAGUACGUUGGAGUGCCUUCAAGCCAAAAGAUGGGAGUUUCAAAGCCAUUAUCAGGUUGCACAGUGAGCGUAGUUGAUCGGGACCUGUUGAACCAAGUACAUCUAUAUGUCUUGGAGAAUACGGAGGAAGUCCUACCUUAUAUCGAGCAACAUAUGAUCCACAUCAAGAUCAAGACCGCUUAUCCAAAAUUUAGAAAGAGAACAAAGUGGCUGCAAGAUAAGCACAAUAGCACUUUCAUUCAAUGGCUACGCUUCAAGGUUCAAAGUGAACUUAAUGAGGAAGACAAUCAUGGCGUAUCAGAAAAUUUAAGGUGGCUAGCAGCUGGUCCAAACAUGGCAGUGCCAUCAUAUAGGAGCUAUCUUCUUAAAGGUAUUAAAUUUAACAUCAAGGCACAAGAUGAUGUGCGGACAACUCAAAAUAGUGGAGUUUAUUUACUUGCACAUACCAUGCAAGUUGCUAGUGCCAAGGAUAAAAACCCAAUUCUCUCAAAUAUGUGUUUCUAUGGUGUCAUUCAAGAAAUUUGGGACCUUGACUACCAAAAGUUUACAAUCCCAGUCUUUAGGUGUGAUUGGAUAGAUAGUACUUCUGGUCUUGUAGUCGACGAACUUGGAUUUACCCUUGUAGAUUUGAGUAAAAUUGGACAUAGGAAUGACCAAUUUGUUUUGGCUUCUCAAGUCAAACAAGUAUUUUUUGUUGACGACCCGAUGCAUCGUGGUUGGUCGGUAGUGUUAUCAAUGCCUAAUAGAGAAUAUAAUGAUGUUAUUGGUGAUGAUGUCUUAGGUGAUGUGAGAAUUGAGUGUGAGCCAUUUACUGGAGGGAUGCCAAAUGUUGACACAUUUGAUGAACUCGUGGGUGAGUUUGGGAGUCAAAAUAUUCGAGAUGGGUGUGAAGAUAUAUGGAUUGAAUGA